AAUGAAGGCUAUAAAUAGGGAAGAGAUCCAAUUGUCAUUAUUCAAUCAAAUACAAUACACUUGUUUUCGAUUCAGGAUGUCCGACAACAACAAUUCAAACAAGAGGGUGAGGAGGGGCCGACAAAGGAUCCCUCUCACAAAGAUUGAGAACGAUGUUCACCGACAAGUCACUUUCUCGAAGCGCCGGUCCGGCGUCGAUAUCGCCAUGGUCAUAUUCUCGCCCGCAAACAAAGCUUACACUUUCGGCAACCCCAGUUUGAACGCCGUUCUCAACAGGUACUUUGGCAAAAACUCGAAUGCCAGAGCCAACGUCACUGAUGACAUUAUCCGCGCUCGCCACGAGGCCAUCGUGGGCUCCAUGACGCCCGAGAUCAGCGAAAUGGAGUCGAUGAUUCGCGAUUUAACGAACGAAAAUCGUGCGUUGUGCAAGGCCGAGAAAAACCGGCCUUCUGUUUCUGAUCUCCAAGAACUAGAGUUAGAACGUGUGAAGAACAGCUUGGAAAUGCUUCGAAACCAAGUGGUUGAAAAACUGAACCAACUCCAUUUCAAUCAAUACCCCGCCGGGCAUUCUGGUUUUUAGGGGCCAUAGCAUGGGAUAAAUUAAACCAUGUUGG